CUUCCUGAUACUUAAGGACUUGGCAGCCACCCGCCUCGUCCCCUCACCUCAGCCCUCGAUAGUGUACUCGAUCACUUGCCUUAUACACACAUCUCACCUAUUCACCAAACCGAUGCUGUUGUAUACCUCAAAAACACCUUGAAACAACCUCAGCUUCCUAAACAUCUAUCUUUUUUUGGACACACACACACACACACACACACACACACACACACACACAGUAAUGGACUUCAUCCUCGAAUCCCGGGUUCCCAAAGGCGGCGGCGGCAGGGGCGGCGGCGGCCGAAGCAGCUUUGGCAAAUCCUCCAAAUCAAAAUCCAAGACGAGCAAGUCCAAGUCCAAGUCUAAGGGCGGUCACAUCGUCGCCGGCGGUGGUGGAGGCGGCGGCGGAGGAGGUGGAGGUGGCUUCGGCGCCGUCCCCCUCUGGGCCCGAAUUCUCAUCAUUGUCUUGAUUGUCUGGUUCGUCCUGUUCCUCGUAUCCUUGACAUAUUAUCUGGUCCAGGAACUCAAGCGCAAGAAGGAAGGUCACAAGUUCCGCCUGGGCCACGUCCUCGGCCGCGCCCUCCUCAUGUCGACGGGCCUCUGGAUCCCCGUCUUCCUCUACAAAAAGCUCGCCGCCCACAAGAAGAACAAGUCUGUCACCAGCGGCGGCGAAUCCUGCGUUCGCGGCGGAGUCUACGCCAAGAUCGAAGAAGGCAGGUCCGACGAAGGCCACAACCGGGACUCCUGGUUCGCCGGCGCUGCAUCGGGCAACCAAGGCAACGGCAACACCGCGGAAAGCAAAUACGAGCCCAUGGGCUACGCGCCCUACCGCUCGCAGACGCCUGUCCCGCCGUACGCUCCCCCCACGGCGUCCGGGCCCAGCCCGGCCCCCGCAGCGACGACGGGGGCGGCCGCGGAGUACUACUUGCCGCAGCCGCCUUCACAAGCUGCGCCCACGCAGCACCCGCCCCAAUACAGCUAA